GAAAAUAAAAUUCAAAUUCAGAUUCUAAUUUAUAAAAGUAAAAAUGAAAACACCAAAAUAGAGUUUUCUUUGUUUUGAGAUACUCUAUCCAAAAACCCUAAAAACAUUUUCUCUCUUCUCCAUCAGCUGCCGCCUCCUUCUCCAUCCACUGCAACGCCUCCUUCUCCAUCAGCUGCUACACGCCUCAUUCUCAUCUUCUUCUUAUUCGAUUCUCACAGUGAUCUACUCCGAAAUACAAGAUGGAUACAAAGAAUUCAGACAUUGAGGAUCAUGCUUCUUGGCCCGAGGUUAUUGAAUCAUAUUUUAUCGGCCUUUUGUAUGAAGAGGCCAAAAAAGGAUUACAAACAACAACCUUGGACAAAAAAGGAGGGCUAAAGAUAGAGAAUGACAUAUUUAACAAAUUUGGAAAGAGGUAUAAAAUGGAUAAAUUGAAAUCAAAAUUCAAUCGAUUGAGAAAGGCACAUCGAGAAUUUUCUCAUCUUUUGCUACAUACUGGAAUGGGAUGGGAACCUAAAACUUGUACUGUUACAGCAACUGAUGAAGUUUGGGAUGCUUAUCUAAAGAAAUAUCCAAAUGCAAAGAGAUAUCGAAAAAAAGGAUUGCCACAUUAUGAUAUGCUUGGAGAAAUAUUUAAUAACACAACAACCACUGGUGGGAUGAGUUACGCCUCCACUCAACCUCCGCCUACUUCAGUUGAGGAACGCCAACAAGAGCGUCACUUUAUUGGUACUGGAGCACAUAUUGAUGUUGAUGUUGGUAUUGAAUGUGAUGGUGAAAAUUUUGGAGAGGAAGAAGAAGUUACUGGUAUACGUCGUCGAGCUACUUCUGCUCCACCUAAUACACCCAGGCCAAAGGAAAAAAAGAACAAAGGGGCUAACUCUGCUAUGGAACAUGUGAUGGAGCAACUUGCAAAAAGUAUUGCUGCUAAAACUGAGGCAUCACUAGUACGAAGUGAGAGUAUGCGCAAGUAUAUUGAUUCAAGAGGAAAGAGAAUUAACGAAGAAGCUAGCAAUAUCACUGUUCGAUUAAUAUGGAAGAUUGUCAAAAUAUUUUAGAUGGUAUUCCAAAUCUAGAUGACAAAAGGUACCUGAAAGCAUUACGUGAGUUAGUUGCAAACCCAGAAUGGCGUGGAAUAUUCCUGAGAAUGAGUGAACAACGUCGUCGUGCAUAUCUUGACUCAUUGUUGGAGUGAAUUAAAAUAUCAUUUAUUUCCUUUGACUUUGUGUUUUAUGAACUACUGAACAAAUUUUAUGUGCUUUCUUUUAGUCUAUGUGUAAUGAACUUGGGUUGGUGUUUGUUUUAAUGAUUGAAUUGUUUAAUGUAUUUCUUUCUUUGUUUGACAAUAUUUGUGAAAUUUUAAUUUAUUAACUUUUAUUGAUAA